CACAACCACCAGCAGCUUCAGCUGACCACACCCGAACAGAGACCAUGCGAAGGAGCGGGGGCCGCGAGAGAAAAACGGUGAGAGCGGCCUUUUUGGUCGUCCUGCUCUUGAGAACAGCGGGAGCGCUGGUUGUGGGGAAGCUGGGAUCAGUGCUACUAGCACGAGCAGCCAACGCACGAGGCCGCAACUCGGUCCGUUCAAGCAGGCCAACAGCAGCACCGACAGCAGCAGCAAGAGCGCGACCUCCGCCACGAUGGGGUUUCUCACGACGGCCAGCGGGGCCAGCCUCCCUCGCGCAAGACUUGUGGCGAGGCAGCUCCUUGUUGAGCUCGACCGUGGCGUCGUGGCCCUCUGUUGAAGGCACAGCCGACGGCAGCAGAAACGGGGGACCAAGCGGCGACAAGGACAAGGCAGGGGGCGCAAAAGGCGGCGGCCGUGGUUGGACUUUGAAGGAGCAGGAAGGGCCCGCCUGGACGGAGAUAGUCUGGGAUGAGAGCAAGGAGCGUUUCGUGGAGGCGGACUCGUUGCGGGACAGGAGCAACUCGCAGAGGGUAAGGGGGGCCGUGGGCGGGCUGCAGCUGCUGUUGCGGCACUGGUUCAUCCCCGAAGACGUGACGCCGGACUACUACCACUUCACCUUCUGGAGGAUGUUCCAGAGGUUCGUCGCUGGGACGAUCAACGUUUUCGGCACGCAGGCGCUGUUGCUCGCGCUGGGCAUCAAGGCCAAGAGGUUGGGCGCGGCAGCUGCGAUGAGCUGGGUGCUCAAGGAUGCUCUUGGCAAGUUUGGGCGCAUUCUGUGGGCAUCAAAAAUGGGGCGGCGGUUUGACUCGGACGCAAAACGAUGGCGCUUUCGCAGCAGCCUCCUCUACGCGGCGGGGAACGGCCUCGAGAUCGUCACGUACGUGUUUCCGGCGAGCUUUCUCGUCUUGGCCGCGAUGGCGAACUCGUUCAAGCAGAUGAGCAUGCUCACCUCGAGCGCCACGCGCAACACCAUCUACCGCAGCUUUGCCCGCGGGGAGAACAUCGGGGACAUCACCGCCAAGGGGGAGGCGCAGAUCGCCGUCGUCGACGUACUCGGCAUGCUCUCGGGGAUCGGGCUGUGCACGCUGGUGGGCACGUCGAGGCAGACCAUCGUGGCCGCCUACGUGAUCCUGAGCCUGGUCGACAUCUCCGCGAUUUACAACGAGAUCCGCGCGGUCUGCUUCAGCGUGCUCAACCACGAGCGGACCCACCUCCUGGUCCGGGACUUCGUCGCCUCGGGGAGCGACCCGUCCGCCAUGGCGCAGACGCCCGUCGUACCUCGCUCUCCCUACUCUUCCUCGGCCCUGGAGCCCCUCGAGAGCCUCCUCCAGACCAUCGCCGUUGGAGACACCGCGGCGGCGGCGGCGGCGGGUUCGGGGGGGAGCAGCGGUGCUCCUGGUGGUAGUGGUGGUGGUGGUGGUCCCGCUGGGGACUUGGAAACGGAACCGCUGCUGCAGCGACGGUCCGGGCUGGAGAAGGGGCAAGUAGAAGAAGUAGCAACGGGGACGGGGGCUGCUGCUGCUGUGGAUACGGGCAACAACACGGCGGCCGCGGCCGCCGCGGCGGCACCGCUGACCAUCGAGGAGAAAGAGGAGGCGGGGAAGGGCCUGCUUUCGUCCCCGUCCACCGUCUCGAGGCGGGAGAACAUUUUCUUGUCUUCGAGGUUGACCACAAAUGCUUUCAAGACGUGGUCGCAGGCGAGCGUGAGCAUGGAUGGCGUUACCGAUCUCCUCCGAAUCUUCGGGAACGAGCGUUACAUGCUGGCGUACACGGAGAAGAAGAAGAGGAGGAGGCAAGCGAAAAGGAUCAUCAGAGCCAGAACAGGAGAUGGUGACGGCGGCGACAGGGCGGCGCCGAGAGGAAUAGUGAGCGUGAUUCUCCACAAGGACGCGACGGGGGCCGACACGGUAAAGUCUCUCCUCGCGCUCGAGUACCUCCAGGACGAGCUGAAGCAGGCGGGCUUCGAGGUCGUGGGGGCACCGCCGGCCGCAAGAAGCGGUGGCAGAGCGGCACCGCCCGCCGCCAAGACGAGACCCGUCAACGGUGACGGCUCGCCAGCGGUCGCGGAGCAGGCGGCGGCGGCGGUCACAAGGGGAGUUCCGCCGCCGCCGCCAGGCGGUGCUGAGCAGGGGGAGGCGGCGUCGGGGGCACCAAUCCCGAGAAGUAGUGGAGGGACGGCUCCUGUGUUGAGCGCAGCAGGGGCGGGGGGGGCGGAAUCUGAGCAACCCAAGCCGUCCUCCGCGGAAAUGUGCCGCUGCCUGGAGGCCGCGCGACGAAGAGCGGAGGAGGGCGCGCCCGGGUUUUUCGCGGCGCUGGAGACGUUGGGGUGGAGCACGGAGAAGUUCAUGUUCGGAAACAUCAAGUCGAGGGUGGAGUGGAGAUCCUGAGAGAGCCCGUUUGGUUGGUCUCGAGUUGGUGUGUGCGGGUCUGUUGUAGAGCUAUGUUUUAUUCAUCGAAGGUCGAAUAUGUUGAGUUUUCAUUUCGGGUUGUUGUGCGGGGUUGGUUUUCCAACUCCUUCAUCCCCAUUUCCUGGACCCCUCUCCCCCUUAAGGCGCGAGUGUUUUGAGUGCUACCAUACAUGAGGUUCUAGAAGCGGGCGAGGACGCGGAUCCAGGGUUGUUGUAAAUGGCGAGGCGUGGUUUAGGAGUUGAUAGGCAGGAGGUAGCCUGAGGACCGACUGUUGUGUGGUGCGUGUGAGAGCGCGUGAACAAGCUUAGAUGGCGUUGCAGUUGGCGGAUUUUGUCCGCCAGGGAACAAUGCGCCCGUUUCGGAUCGUUGCUGCAGGCAUAGGUACAGGUUUGUGUGUUUUUCAUGUUUUGGUGAUGUGCUAGGAAGUUUCGUGUGUCUUCAUGUUUCGCGACUUUUUCCUGCAGUUCAAACGACUCUUAAGAAAAUUUGGUGAUAGUUAGGUGGAAGACGUUGCAGCGCUUGUUGGGGAGUGCCAACCACCUAGCCUUUAGUCACGAAACAGCGGCUGAGUGGUUCAAGUGGCAACCUUCUGAAGAACGGGACGACGUGGGUUAGAAGCUCGGCGCAGUCAUACGAAGUGGGAUUAUUGUCUCACGGUAUUUCCCAAGUAAUGCGGUAAAGCGAAAAUUGCGCGUGGUAUGCAACAAAGUCGACUUCAGGGUAGAGCGAAAGG